UGGAUCCUGUCAGCUAUUGGACCUCCACGGGGCGACAUUAGAAAAUGAAUCUAGCAAGUCUUCGCGUGAUAGAGAGAGUCGAAAUGGGAGAGAGAACCCACCUCAUUUACAGCAUGAUUGAGCUUGAUUAAGUGCUCAGCACUUUUGGGAGUCUGUACGUACUUAACACUCCAUCACCAGAGACCCGGAGCACUCCACCUGUAAUAAGCCAGUCAAAUCAUUAUUACAGUACAAUUAGAUGGCUUAUGAUGCAAACAUGCCUGCCAAAAAUGAGUCUGGUAAUCGAGUUUUUCCGGCGGUUCAUCCAGUCAUUGAGACACCAUCUGAUCUGCCUAAAAAUUCGACGAAUGAUGCAGGAACUUUUUGUCGUUUGGGGGAAUUAUAAAGUGGAUGUUUUUCUCAUGUGUUCGCAGGUACCCAAGCCCCCUUUGAAGCCGUUUUGGUGCCACAGUAGGGUUUAGAGCUUAACACAGCAUCCGAUAUUAAUUAGGUUUGACUUUGACGAGUGCAAAAACCCAGUGCCGUGUCAUGCUAACCAAGCACAGGUCUCUGGUGAAAUGAAGUGUCGGUGUAAUGAGAAAUCCACGAUGCCAUACGACGCCGCUUCAACGAAGGCCUCGGUGGAAUUAAUGUAUUCCUUUGAUGCCUCUCCUUGUAGGUGUCCUUGUAAGUGUUGGGAGAAAAUAAGGGAGUUGUUGCUUGGUAUAAGAUAGGGAAUGAAGCAGAUGGGGGGGUAGGGGGGGAGUGAGAAAGGUGGUUGCUUGGUUACUGAUGGGAUGCUAAGCUGUGCUACAACAACCCACUUCAAGCUAAUUGUGUACACAGCUGAGGAGAGCCGCAGCAGAACGGUCGUGCAAGAAUCGAUUGCAUAAACAGCCGCAUUGUUCCAAAUGAAGCACUGUAUCUCUCGAUCCGUUUCUCUCUCUCUCUCUCUCUCUCUUUCUCUCUGUCUGCUCAGAUAAAAAUAGGAGUAAAAAAAUACUCCUGCAUGAAUAUCAUUUGAAGAGGGUCAGAGGAGUAGGCUGAGUAGUGAAAUGAUUCAGUCAUACAGAGACAUGAAGUGAAUGAGUAGUAACAUGCCACUAUGUUGUGGUUUUUACAGUAUGUCUUAAAAUGAUGGGCGAAUCGUUUAGAUAUAAAUGGAAAUCAGUUUAAUUUCAUGUGCUUACCUGGUUUUCCAUAGGCUGUUUGAUAAGUUCUCUAAAAGUGAUAGAUAUUAUCAGCUGUAAUGGACAUUAAACAACCAGGGUUUUUUGUAUUCAGUUUUUUUUUCUUCAGCUAUUCCUGGGUACGUUUAAUUAAAGUUAUGCGCAUAUGCAGGGAAUGACAAGCUUAUAUAAUAUAUAUAACUCGUCUCAUGGUUAAACAUGCGUGGAGCGAAUAAAAACACUAGCCUGACUCAAGAGAUCUUUUAAGGGUGAUACAAAGACAGAACACCACAGCUCGUGGCCAGAUGGCCAACUGUGCAACAUUAGAACCACAUUAUAAACUUUGUUAGAAGAGAAUAAUAAUUGUAUACACGGUCGUUUUGUGGUCAGUUUUAACUAGUUGGUCAUAUGUUAUUACAUUACUUUAGCUUCCAUUUUUUAGCCAGGUCACUUAGGUUUCCAGGCAACCAACAUGGAGGUUUUACUUGCCCGGUGGGCUAGCUAAAGAAUUUAUGAUUUGUCCACCCGGAGUUUUGCGGAGAUCAGCAUAUCAGCAGGAUUGUAACAAGCACAACCUAACCCCUAAUGAUCACUAUCUUUUCAAUUCAACCCCUUUAGAACACCAAGGAAGUGAUCGGUCAGGGCAAUGGCGGUGCCCGCGGCUCACGAGUUCCACUGGCAGAACCUGGCACGCCUCUCGAGCGGGCGUGUCUAUCACUCUCUGGCCGAAGUCGGAGGUCAGCUGUACAUGCUGGGGGGCUGUGACGCCACCGGACGACCCACCAACUGCAUGGAGCUCUACUGUCCGGAGGUGGACCAGUGGCUGAGCCUGCCCCCGAUGCCCACGGCCAGAGCGGGCGCUGCCGUAGCAGUGUUAGGCAAGCAGCUUCUCGUGGUGGGAGGCGUAGGCAAGGAGCAGCACCCUCUCAAAGCUGCGGAGGUGUACAACAUGGAGGAGGGCAAGUGGAGGAAGAGGAGUUCGCUAAGGGAGGAGUUGAUGGGGCUCGCUAUUACUGUUAAAGAUGGCAGAGCCUUCGCUGUUGGUGGAAUGGGAGCAGACCUGCUGCCCAGAAGCGUUCUCCAGCAGUACGACCUUCGGAAGGACGUCUGGGCCCUUCUGCCGCCCAUGCCCACCCCUCGCUAUGAUGCUAGCAUCUGCCUUCAGGGAUCCAAGAUAUAUGUAGCAGGUGGGCGUCAAUGCAAGCGUUUGGUAAAAGCAUUUGAAGUUUUUGACAUGGACAACCGCACCUGGUCUUCGUUACCCAGCAUGCCUUGUAAGAGAUCCUAUUCCGGGGUGCUGUGGGACAACACAGGGCGCCUCUGCUGGCUGGGAGGUCUUCGUCAAGGAGGCAUCCAUCAGAGCUCCAAGUUCACCAAGAACGUCAGCAUCUUUGACACCAACCAGGGAUCUUGGUUGAAGUCUGAACAAACCGUUUCCAUGAAGACGAAGCGGGCAGACUUUGUGGCAGCCAUCGUACGAGGAAGAAUGGUUGUUGCUGGUGGACUGGGUCAUCAGCCCUCCAUGCUGGAUACUGUCGAGGCUUUCCAUCCUGAAAAAAGAAAAUGGGAGAGUUUGGCUCCCAUGGCAACUCCUCGCUGCUCUGCCUCCAGCAUCAUGAUCCGUGACCGCCUGUUGGUGGUGGGGGGUGUCAAUCAAAUCCCGAGCUCCGCCCACGAGAUUCUUUACGUGAAGGACGAGGAGGUUGUUUAGCCGUUCUGUAGUCCGACAAAAAUUUGCCUUCCUCAUGACAGUAGACUGCUAAACAUGCUUGCCUGUUGUAGAAUCUUUGAUAGGAAAAUUAUACAAAAUCAAAUAAUAUAACAUCCAAAGCACAAAGCCUCCAGCUAUAGUUCUCAUUGUUCUCUAUUCGACAGCACACACACAGGGCAAAAGACAAUACACUUGAAUACUGUAGACAAGCAUGAGAGAAUGUAGUUUAUAUUAUAUACGUUAUGUAUUUUAAAGUGACUAAGUAUUGGACUCUGUGUUAUUCUAAAGAAAGUGUCUUCUGAGAUAUUUGCAGGGUAUUUUUGUAGCUUUACUUAAAACAGUCAGGUUGCUAUUGCUGUAGAUUUGUACUCCCGACUAUGGCCUUGAGAAUUCUUUCGGUUUCUCUCUCACAAAGUGAAGUUUAUAGCCAAAACACGUGCACCGUUGAGGUAGCCUAGUCAAAUUACUCUUUAUGUCAGCUGUUUUCGGUGCCUGUGUUUUGUGAAUUGUGAUGUAUUGUAACAAGCUCCUUAGGAUAUGAAUUUCUGACUGUUUCUGGGAAAUGUUAUGUUUCAGAAUAGCUUGUUGGAGAUUUAUCUCCAUAGCAGUUUGAUCCAUAGAGUAGCUCUGGGGGACAUACCAGGUAAUUUAUAAUAAUAGAUUGUGUAAUAAUGGGCCUCAUUUAUCAGGCUUUUAAUAAAGUUGUGUGUAAACACUUUCGUAGGCCAAACCGAAUCGAAAACUCUCAAACUGAAAAGUUUUUAAAAAAAACAAGUGUCUAAAUGUCGAAAGAGUCUAAGUGAUGUGCAAGAAAUUUUCCAGUAACGCAGCUCAGCCAUUGCAGCGUAUCAGCUACCUUAGACACACACUAACUCUUCCUCCUGUUAUAGGGUGCUAUUAAUUUUGUCCUCAUCGAAUGGCUAGACUUAAUUGAUGUUUUCUUGACUGAAUUCCACAAAAUGUUUAUGUUUAUGUUUAUGUAUGCAAAUGAAGUUUGAUAGAUGAGGCCCCACAUGUCUAUGAUUCCAGGUUUUGAACUUAAAUGCACAAUUUGAAGUCUUGCUCUUAGUACAGAAUGAAGGUAUUUUAAUGUAUUAUUUAAUAAUAAUAAUAAUAAUAAUAAUAACGAUUAUGCACCGUUGUGAGUGAGAUGAAAAAUUCACAUUUCCUGUCAGUAUUUGUUUAACAGAAAAACAACCAGAGCAAUAAAAGUCCAGCACAAUGUAACAAAAGCCGA